CCGGCCCUCGGCCCAUCGGCGGCUCGCAAGCCGUGCGCAUGAACGCGCCGAGAGUCGGCGGUAGCUUCGCCGUCUGGGGUGGCCUCUUCUCCGCCUUCGACUGCACCAUGGUCUAUGUCCGCCAAAAGGAGGAUCCCUGGAACUCUAUCAUCGCCGGCGCUGCCACCGGUGGCUUCCUCCAGAUGCGACAGGGCCUCGGCGCCUCUGCUCGAUCGGCUGCCUUUGGUGGGGUCCUCCUGGCUCUGAUCGAAGGAGCUGGGAUCAUGCUUAAUAAGUUCAUGAGCCAGCAGCAGCAGAUGCCUAUUGUGAUUGAAGAGCCGGCGAGCGUGGCCGGUUUGCCUGGGCUUCCUCCUAUGGGCCGUGCUCCAGGUCAGCCGGGCUCGGAGCCGGCAACGUCGGUGAGCAGCAACGGGGCUGAGGCUAGUUCGGGAGGGUGGCUUGGAGGGUGGUUCGGGAAGAGCAAGGAGCCUGAGGCUAAGAGUAGCGGAAGCGAGACCAAGAUUUUGGAGAGCUUCGAUGCCCCGCCCGUGCCCAGCUUCGAGUACAACAACAAAUAGGCCUUAUGAUCAAUGUUGUUUGAAUUUUUACUUGGACCUGACCCUGUUCAAGUUGGGAACACCAAAAACUAUGAUGAAUUUUGGUAGUUGUAGUUUAUAUAGUUUAAAUCAUAAAUUCAUUUUACAUAUUUGUUUCUCCAUUUGUUGUUUAUUGUUAUUUUCUUAUCUAGUUGUCAAUGUAGACAAGUGCUGCUUAAGUAGAGUGAAAUGUGAUGGUUAAUUAUAUCAAUCA